AGGGGCCAUCGACGAAUACGAUCACGAUGAAUUGGCCGACCGACAAAACUCUUCGUAUCGCUGUCCGCCGAUAGCUAUUGUGGGUAUGGCUUUGCGGCUUCCUGGAGGUGUGAGGACUACGGAUGAUUUUUGGGAUAUGCUCAUCAACAAAAAGACUGGUCACUGUGAAAUCCCUGGAAACAGAUUCUCGGUUAACGCCUUCUACAGCGAGACACAAACUCAUUCUGUCAGAACCAAGCAUGGAUACUUUCUCGAAGAAGAUCCUGCCGAUUUUGAUCCUGAUUUCUUCUCUGUUCCACUGCGUGAAGCUUCUAGGAUGGAUCCUCAGCAGCGAAAGCUACUGGAAGUCGUGUGGGAGUGCUUGGAGAGCGCAGGAGAGACAAAUUGGCGAGGCAAGAACAUCGGCUGCUACGUCGGGGUCUUUGGUGGCGACUGGCUUAGUCUGGCGGACAGAGACCCAUUGGCAACCGAUCGGUACUAUGCACUGGAAACAGGAGAUUUCGCUUUGUCAAAUAGAAUAUCCUACGAGUACGAUUUCCGCGGACCAAGCAUGACACUGGAAACAGGUUGUUCAUCAUCGAUGAUGGCAUUACAUGAGGCAUGUCAAGCUCUUUACUCGGGCUUGUGCUCGUCGGCUAUUGUUGCUGGGACAAAUCUAAUUCUGUCACCAACCAUGAUGACAUCAAUGUCGGAGAACCUGGUCAUUUCACCGAGCGGAAUGUGUCGCAGCUUCGAUAAUGCGGCUGAUGGAUACGGAAGGGGGGAAGCUGUGAAUGCCAUCUACGUCAAAGUCUUGAGCGAUGCUGUUAAAAAUCACGACCCAAUUCGGGCUGUGAUUCGAGCGACGGCCACGAACAGUGACGGCAAAACACCGAAUAUCACGACCCCCGGUGUACAUUCUCAAGGAAGCCUCAUAGACACAACAUACAGAAGAGCAGGUAAUAUUAGCCUGUCAGAUACUGGUUAUUUUGAGUGCCACGGCACAGGAACACAAGUGGGCGAUGCGGCCGAAGUCUCAGUUAUUGCUGAAUUAUUUGGAAAGAAGGGCAUUACAAUAGGCUCGGUCAAACCUAACGUAGGCCACUCAGAAGGGGCGUCCGGCAUUACUAGCAUUAUAAAAAGUGUGCUGUCCUUGGAGAAAAAGGUUAUCCCUCCAACCAUUUGUCAGAGUCCACAUCGCGAUAUACCUUUCGAAGAAGGAAAGCUUCGUCUGCCCUCGGAACCAAUACCCUGGCCCCAGAAUCGCCAGGAAAGAAUUAGUGUCAACUGUUUCGGGAUUGGGGGUUCAAAUGUUCACGCAAUCAUUGACUCCUACUCCUCGACUGCUCAAGCUAGUGCCGAGGAGACCACGCGAACCGAGGAUAGAGCCGAACUUUUGGUUCUGUCAGCAAGCGAUGAAGACAGCUUGCAAGCGCGCAUAGUCAGUUUCACAGAGUUUGCAAACAAAACUACUGCAUCACUUUCAGACCUUGCUUAUACCCUUCGAGCCAGACGUGUAGAUUUGCCCAACCGGGCUUUUGCGAUAGCACGUCCCAAUGACUUGAUUGAUGCCUCCGCAUUUCAAAAGUACACAGCACAGGAUCGCCUCACUAUUCUGGCCUUUUCUGGUCAAGGUGCUCAGUGGCCGGGGAUGGGAAAGGCUCUAAUGACUGAACUUGCAGACUUUCGAGACUCAAUCAAUGAGAUGGACGACAUACUGCAAAGCCUGCCUGAUGGGCCCGAUUGGGCUUUAGCAGAUGAAAUUACUAACGAGACUAACUCCCACAUCCACGAAGUACAGGUAUCACAACCGUUAUGCACUGCCUUUCAAAUUGGCUUAUACCACGUGCUAGCGAACCUUGGCUUGAAAGCCUUUUACGUGGUUGGGCAUUCUAGCGGAGAAAUAGCUGCGGCGUAUGUGGCAGGAGCGAUCACAAUGAGAUGCGCUAUCAUAUUGGCAUAUUACCGCGGGGUAGCUGCAAAGGUUGAGCAGGGACGUGGAUCAAUGUUUGCUGUCAGUCUCAGCUCGCAAGAGAUAGGUCCUUACCUGAGAGAAGGUGUUGUCAUUGCUUGUAUCAAUGGCCCGAAGAGUGUAACCCUUUCUGGCGACAAGGAUGAGCUGGAAAAGACCAUUCAGUAUAUCAGGCAACAAAGGCCCGAGGCACUAUGUAAGCUGCUAACAGUAGAUGUGGCCUAUCACUCCCAUCACAUGAUACGCUGCGGUCGUUUCUAUGAGUCUCUAAUAGCACCACAUUUAGAGCACCCGUCGACACAUAUGCUUCCUCUCGCGUCAAGCGUGACGUGCUCUAUCAUCGAAGACCCCAUUGAGCUGGGAUCCUCCUACUGGCGUCGGAAUCUCGAAUCCCCGGUGGUAUUUCAAGGUGCCAUUGAAGCAAUUUUGAAAAAGGAGCCACGACAGCAAGUGACUUUGGAAGUAGGUCCUCACCCAGUGUUGUCAGCCCCAUUGAAACAGAUAUGGAGAGAUCAAGCGUCCGGUCAGAACCACGUUUAUGUCCCAACUAUCCUGCGCAGCGGUAAGGGCGCAGAGAUUCAACUCCUAGAGACUACCGGCCUUCUCCAUUGCAAUGGCGUACCCGUGAACGUGGGACUAGGAAACUCGGAUGCAAAUGCAAAGGUAGUUACAGAACUGCCACUGUAUCCUUGGGCACGGGGAAAAGCUCAAUGGCAAGAGAGUCGUGUGGUACGAGACUGGAGGUUCAAUGCGGCCAUGCAUCAUGAGCUCCUUGGUUCUCGCGUGUCAGAGAUGCCUGAGCUUGAGCCGACAUGGAGAAACUUACUGUCUCUUUACAGUGUUCCUUGGAUAUGUGAUCAUGUUCUACAAGGAAGUGUAGUUUUUCCGGCCGCAGGCUAUAUUGCCAUGGCAGGGGAAGCAAUGCAUCAACUGUUCCCCGCAACAGAAGGUUUCGCGAUCAAGAACCUCAUCCUCAAGGCACCCUGGAUAUUGGAAGGGAGCACAACCUUCGAGGUUAUUACCAGCUUCAAACCCACCAUGUAUUCCGAUAUGGAAGACUCAGAGUGGUAUUCUAUGUCCGUUAUGGUUCACGAUGGCACUUCAUGGACCAAACACUGCCAAGGGCAGGUGAGACCGGAGUCAGCUGCACGUCAAGAUGCUGAGCGACCACAAACUUACCCUCGUUCUGUCGAAUCCGAAAGCUGGUAUGACGCUUUGAACAAUAGGGGACUCAACUAUGGCCCGCGGUUUCGAGGUCUCAAGGAAAUAUUAGCAGAUCCCCUUGGGCUCACUGCGGUAGCAUCAAUCGUGGAUGAUGCAUCUGAGUACGAUAGCCGAUACUUUGUUCAUCCUACCGCUAUAGACCACUGUCUACAACUACUGAGCGUCGCCCAGUCUAAUGGGCUCAUGCAUCGCUUGCCUGGACUGGCAGUUCCGGCCUCUAUAGGGGAGAUCUACGUCACUCAUGGGGAAAGGCAGAUGAAUGUUCAUGCUGCAAUCAACCCCAGUGUCUUUGAAAAGCGACUAGGGGACGUAAACCUGUGUGCAGACGGUCAUGUAAGACUGUCAAUGCAAAAUGUCUUCUUGUUCACCCUGGAUGAUAACGGUCUCUAUAAUGACCCUGCUGUUCCAUUAGUUGCGCGGAUGGAAUGGACGAAAGAUAUAGACUUUCUACCUUCUGAUCAAUUGCUAAUCGAGAGAGCUCCAAUGUACUGUGGUGAUACAGCAGCGAGGGUGGUACGGGCGAUGGGCAAAAUUGCCAUUCUUUAUAUCCUAAAUGCUGCAGACAUCGUGAAUUCCAUCGAACCCUGCUCUGGCCAUAUGAAGAAAUGGAAAGAUCACAUCACAAGUCAAGCUCGCAACGUUGCGGAAGGUAAAGAAACUAUCUUCGCAGGGUCACAGGACUGGGUCUCUAUUGGAGUCGACAAGAGAAAAGACCUCAUUCGUGAGACCUUGGAGGAUAUCAAGCCUAUACCGCGAGAAUGGACCGUUCUCCCCACAAUGCUUCAGCGGGUCUAUGACAACUGUGAGCAGUUUCUGCUCGGUAUGGUCUCUCCACUAGAUGUCUUCUUCGAGGACAACAUACUCGAAAGAUAUUAUGCGGUCACCCCGCCACAACAGACGAGAGACUUCCUGUACAUGCUAGGCAAAACAAACCCAGGACUUCGUAUUCUCGAAGUUGGGGCGGGAACUGGAUGUGCCACUUCUGAAGCACUGAGAUGUCUCCAGACGCCGGAUGGUGUUCGACUCUACUCGUCAUACACAUUUACCGACAUAACACCUGGAUUUUUUGCCACUGCUGCGGACAAGUUCAAGGACUAUGGUGGCCUUGAUUUCAGAACUCUCGAUAUCACCAAACCACCAGCCGAGCAAGGAUUUGAGCUGCAUAGCUUUGACCUGGUUAUCGCAUCUAACGUCUGUUUCUCUCCACUCCGUUAUCUCCAAGCUUUGCAUGUUACUCCGAUUCUCCAGACCUCAUUGAAGAGUGUGCACGACCUCCUACGCCCAAAUGGGCGUUUGUUGCUACAUGAGCUUGACCCUAUAUUCCCUGGAUGGUGGCUCGGAGAAGAGAAAGAUAGACAACAACGACCGUAUGUAUCACCUGACAGAUGGGAUAUAGAGCUCAAGCAAGCGGGUUUUACCGGGCGCGAGGCCGCAGUCUACGACAACCAACGCCCUUUCCAUACGAACUUUACUAUGCUAUCAAGACCCGUAGAAUGCAAAGCAAUACAACGGGGCUCUGUGCAUAUACUGCGCGGCGGGCCUGAGAGUAUUUGGGCACAUGGUCUGCGUAGAUGUCUUGCGCAGAGUGGCUACUCUGUGACAUCUGGUGGCAUGGGAGAAGAGCACCCUAGUGACGCUCUUGUUGUUUCCCUCCUCGAUCAUAACGAACCUUUGCUAUACAAAAUCACAGAUGAGGCCUUUGGGUUACUGCGAGAUGUUCUCCAAAACAUUGGUGGAGGUGCGAUACUCUGGCUUACUCAUCCAUCUCAUUUGAGCUGCCCGGACCCUCGUUUUGGUCUCGUACACGGCUUUGCACGCACUAUGCAACAGGAGAGCGAUAUACCGUUUACGGUAUUUGAGAUCGACUCGUUUGACUUUAAAGCAUACUCACAUGUUUUGCGCUUGAUUGAGAAGAUGCGCCAGGCAAAGCAACUCUCCUGCGCAAGCAUCGACCAAGAGUAUGCUCUGCACCAGGGCGACGUGUAUGUGAGUCGUUGUCAUUGGCCUGUGAAUGACAUACCGACGUCUCCGAUGGAUCAAAAGAAGAACGUGUGCAAGAAACUUGAUAUAUCUGCAUAUGGACUUCUGGAUACAUUGCAUUGGUGUGAUACGACCAACCCCUCGCUAGGAGACGAUGAAGUUGACGUUGACGUCUGCUACGUUGGAUUGAAUUUCAGAGACUUAAUGGUUGCCAUGGGGUUGGUUGGUGACCGGCGUAGUUUAGGAUUUGAAGCAGCCGGUGUCGUUCGCCAGGUUGGAUCGCAAGUGUAUGGGUUUCAGCCUGGAGACAGGAUAUGCUUCACCCAGAACGGUCUCUUUGCUACAAGAUCUGUAGCCCAUCAGCGCUACUGCGUCAAAUUACCAGAUGGACUAGACAUGGAAGAUGCAGCUACUAUGUUGUCUGUUUACGCCACUGCACUAUACUCUUUCCUUCGUGUUGGGGCGCUUCAGACUGGCCAGACCGUCUUGAUUCACUCGGCAUGCGGAGGUGUCGGACAAGCUGCUAUCCACGUUUGUCGCGCUCUAGGGGCAAAGAUUUAUGCCACAGUCGGAAACGAGGAAAAGGUGCAAUAUCUGGUUGAUCAUUUUGGAUUUAGCAGAUCAAAUAUUUUCCACUCAAGAGACGAGUCCUUCGUCGCAGACUUAAUGCGCGAGACGGACGGACGCGGCGUCGAUGUCGUCCUCAACUCAUUAGCAGGAAAACUUCUUCAUGCUUCAUGGAGUUGUGUUGCUCCGUUCGGCAAGAUGAUUGAACUCGGAAAACGAGACUUUUUGACAAAUGGCAUUCUCGACAUGGCACCAUUCCUCGCAAAUCGCGCUUUUGUGGGCGUCGACAUGCUAGAGCUUGGACAACAAGAUUUGAACACGUGGGAAUGGUUGACACAGAAAUUCAAGGCUUGGUUUGAAGAUGGCAAGAUCAAACCCCUUCAUCCCAUCAGAACUUUUGAGGCUGCAGAAGUCUCGAGUGCUUUCAGGUAUAUACAGAAGGGCACUCAUAUCGGCAAGAUCUUGGUCAAGAUGCCCAGUUCGCCGGAUGAGCUCCCAUCUGUACCCGCUCCCUCAGUGUAUAGUUUCUCUCCCUCUUCAUCUUAUCUGUUGGUUGGUGGGCGUGGCGGGCUUGGACGCUCUGUGUCAACUUGGAUGGUCGAGCGAGGUGCUCGCGAGAUUGUUUAUCUCUCUCCCUCCGCUGGCCAGUCAGAGAGCGAUCACUUCUUCGGAGAAGAACUGAGACUUCAGGGCUGUGAGGCUAUAUUCGUUUCCGGAAAUGUGGCGGUGCUUGAAGACGUACAAAAAGCGGUUACGAGAUGCACGAAGCCUUUGGCAGGCGUCAUGCUCUUGUCUAUGGUCCUACGAGAUCAAACAUAUUCUAAGAUGAGCUACGAGGACUGGACCACAUGCUUAGACCCGAAGGUACAAGGGGCCUGGAACCUACACCAUGCUGUCCAGGAUCAAGGCCUCGACUUCUUCGUGGUGUUCAGCUCCAUAUCCGCGGUCAACGGCUUCACGGGCCAGGCUAAUUAUGCUGCUGCCAACUCAUUCUUGUCAGCCUUCACUAAAUAUCGUCGACAGCUUGGUCUAGCGUCGUCCAUUCUUGACCUCGGCCCGGUCGAAGACGUGGGUACGCUCCGCACGAACGCGAAAUAUCUGCACACUCUGCGGCGGAACGGUAUCCGUAUGCUGAACGAGCAGGAAGUCCUCCAAGGCCUCGAAAUCGCGAUCUCGCAUUCCGUCAACCACGGUGAUGACCUUGUGCCUGAGAAAUUAAUUUCGAACCCAGCCAUCGUAGGCCUCGGUAGCACGAAGCCCAUCACCGAUCCGAUGAUCCGGACCACCUGGCGCCGCGAGGACCCUCGCUUCGCGCUAUACGCAAACAUGGACCUGAAAGGGUCGCAGCAUGAGAUCGAGAAGAACGAGCUCCGGACGAUCGCGGACGCGAUACAGCGUGAUCCGUCGCUGGCCGAUGAUCCUCGGACGAAGAGCUUGAUCGUCCUCGAGAUGGGCAGGAUGAUCCUUCCGCAGAUCGCGUCGGGCGACGAGGCCGCGCAGGCGCAGUGCGAGAGUAUCAAGAUCGAUUCCCUCAUGGCCAUUGAGAUCAAGGCGUGGGCGAGACGGGUACUCACUCUGGAUAUAAGUCUGGUAGAAAUCGGGAAGGCGGCCACCGUUGGCGGUUUGGCAGUUGUGGCUCUUGAGCAUCUCAAGGUGCGGGGUGAGAAGGGGUAG